AACGAAGCAGACAAGAAUAUUCGCAAAAAUGCCAAAGAGGAAACGGUCGGCGGGAGAUGAUUUUGAAAAGAGCUUUGAGCGCUUCAACAAAGAGCUCUUCCGGGCGCUCAAGGUAGCCAAGGGCUUUGAGAGGCAGCGGCUUGCGAAGCGAGUUAAAGAUGUGAAGCUGCCCCAGGGCAAGAUUCAGCGGCUUGAGCAGGAGGUUGAGGUGCUCAAGGCUUUGGAUCUUCACCAGGCUGCACACGCCCACCUUUGUUCGGCUUUGUUGAAGGUCAAGGCGGCAGCUCAAUCACCGCUGCUUCCGGAAGCCAUCAAAAACGGCGUGCCGAAGCCGGAAAUUUCAGAGGAGGAACGCCACGCACUGCACAAUGUGACCAGCGCCCUGUACAAGCGCAAUCAGGUCCGCGCCGUCAUAUCAGCUGCGAUCCCUGUCCUUUGUCAGAGCCUCGGGGUGUCGCCUCCUGGUGAUAAAUCCAAGGCAAAGGGUGAGCCAACUUCCUCCAAAAACGACUCUAAGGGUGAUGCGAAGUCCAAGGAAGAAAGGCGAAAAGGCCGGGUGGAGCAAUCCUUUGAAGAACAGGAGGACUCGUCGUCAGAUGAAGUUGGCUAUGAAUCAGGAGAAGAGCUGGACGACGAGGCUAUCGAUCGAAUGGAGGCGAUGCUUGGCGGCAGCUCUUCAGAGGAGGAACUAGUCUCGAACGAUGAUGGUGUCGCUAGCUUGAAACGCCUAGCCCAGAGUGCCAGCUUUGACGACGACAUAUCACUUCCUGGAAGCGAGUCCGCUGCCGAAGAGGAGUACCCCGAAGAUGACGAAGUGACAAUCCCAUCAUCAUCAGGCUCCGAGUCCGACUCUGAGGCGGCAGCACCACCACCCAAAAAGGCAAAGAAGAAGGAAAAGAAGGCAAAACCAAUCAGGGAUGAAGAGAUAGUCGAGUCGGUAGCACUACCAACCCUGAUGGGUGGCUAUAUAUCCGGAUCGGAGGAAGCAUCGGAUGUCGACGUAGCGCCGGCGCCUCGCAAGAACCGCAGAGGUCAGAAGGCGCGUCAGGCCCUCGCGGAGAAGAAGUACGGAGACAAAGCCAAACAUCUCGGCAAGCAAAAGGAAGCUGGUUGGGAUUCGAAGAGGGGCGCUGUGGAUGCUGGAGACGGCAAGCCGCGGAAGAGGGGUGUACGAAAUCCGUUACAACAAAAGAGGGACGGUGAGGGUAGCAGGGGUCCCAAGCAGGAGGAGGUCAAAAAGCCUGAGAAAAAGAGCCGAGACGACGAUGGUCCUCUUCAUCCUAGUUGGCUGGCCAAGAAGAAGGCUAAGCAGGCGCAGGAGAAUGCAUCUUUUCAAGGAAAGAAGAUCACGUUUGAUUAGUCUUUGUUCAGUCACAAGUUAUGAGAACAUAUUAAUGCACUGUACUCGG